CGCAAAAAGUGGGUAUGCACUAUAUGCAGCGCAUAGGGGCGCAGCACCAAGGGGGCGCCAAAGUGAUGGUAAAAAAAAAAAAAAAAAAAAAGUUUUGCUAUUUUCUAUAUGUAGCUGCUAUUGUGCUUUUCUUAAUCAUUUCUGAAUUUCCUCAAUGUUUUAAAUAACAUUUUAGAACAAAACAUGUUAGAGUAGACGCCCUAUGUCAUAAGAUUCCACCGUAGAAUUUUGACACAAGAGGGAGCGGGGAGAAGCAUCCAGCUGCAGCCUGCGGGAAGGCGGGGCUUGAUGUCAGGUCCCGCCUUCCCGCAGGCUGCGCCGUGAGCGCUGAGCGCGCAGAUAGAAUAGCCUACGAGUAGUGAGCUCAGUUGUCUAUGGAAAAUGGAUAAAUCAAGAAAGCUGUCGGGGGCGAAAAAUAGAAAAAGGAAGAGGGAAAGGGAGAUGGCAUGUCAAGGGAUGCGACAGCAGUUAAACAAGUGGAUGGUGAAAGACAACAGGUGUGAGGAUGGUGGAUCAGGAAAGACAGAGGAAGGCAGUGGAGAAGAACACAGGCAAGGAGUGAAUGAGACAGACAUGAAGUCGGUGAUGGCAUCAAGUAUAGAUGAGACCAGUGAUGACAUCAGUGCAGACAGAGAUAGAGAGCCACUCACCACUGAGAAGGAAUUGGAGGAGAAUGUGAAAACGAGAGGUGAAGAUGAGGUGGAAGAGUAUGUGGAACAGAGAGGUGAAAAGGAGGACUCAGAAGAUCCAUCUGACUGGCCACCACCACACCAAAUUGGGGACUCAUUUAGGCAGCGUAUGGUUGAGAAUGGCCCACAGAAAUGUCCUGAUGGGCCGUAUCCAAGAUCAGACAAGAGUAGAAGGUGUUUUUCCAAAGCAUACUGUUCUCGUUUAAUGGCCAAUGGAGAAAAAGUGCAGCGGGAUUGGUUACUGUACUCCAAAAGUACGGAUAAAGUGUAUUGUUUUGCAUGUAAGCUUUUUGGAGGAGCUAAAGUUGUUGACAUGCGCUUUGUUGUGGGGUACAAUAACUGGCAGUGUCUUUCAAAAACACUGCAGCACCAUGAAACCAGUAGUUAUCACAUAACUGCUUAUCUGUUGUGGAAAGAAUUAGCCUCCCGCUUACGCCUUGGUAAAACUAUUGACAGAACAUUGCAAAGAGCCAUAGAUGAUGAAAAGGCACACUGGAGAAGUGUGUUAGUGAGAGUGAUCGACUGCAUACUCUUCCUUGCAGAAAGGAACUUGCCACUGAGGGGGAAGAAUGCUAAAUUAGGAGAUCCUAAAAAUGGAAAUUUCCUGGGUUUACUUGAAGUCAUAGCACGAUAUGAUGUCACACUAGCAGAGCAUCUUAGAAAGGUAGCAUCUAAAGAAACCACAGGAUAUCUUACCUGGUGCACUCAAAAUGAAUUUUUAGAUUCAAUUUCAGAAUGUGUACUUGCUCAAAUUUGUGCCCAGGUUAAAGCCUCCAAGUACUUUGCAGUGGAGUUGGAUUGUACACCUGACAUUUCAAAGCAGGAGCAGGCCUCAGUAAUAAUCCGGUACGUCCAUACAGACGACAACAAGAAUGCCACCAUCAAUGAGUCUUUUGUUGGCUUCACAGUCGUGAAGGACACAACUGGUAAAGGCCUCACAGAAACACUGACUGGGGUGCUGGAUAACCUGGGGUUGGAGUUUGCUAACUGUAGGGGGCAGAGUUAUGACAAUGGCUCAAAUAUGAGGGGUAUACACAAGGGUGUGCAAACAUUGGUGCAGCAGAAGUAUCCAGAGGCACUAUUUAUCCCCUGCUGUAGCCACAGUCUGAACCUUCUGUUAUGUGAUGCUGCAUCAUCAAACAGAAUGUGUCUUAACUUUUUUGGCACUCUCCAAAGACUGUACACCAUUUUUUCGGGUUCGGUGAAGAGGUGGGAUAUUUUGAAAGAAUUUGUGGACAUUACUCUGAAGCCUCUGAGUGAUACCAGGUGGGAAGCAAAAUUAGACUCCGUCAAAGUUGUACGUUUCCAGUUAGGGGGGAUUCUUGAUGCUUUGGAAAAGCUUGAGGAAGUGGAAAAAGAUGGCAAAACUGUCUCAGAGGUAAAGUCGCUCUCUGGCGAGAUUGUCAGCAUGGAGUUCCUCAUGUGCCUCUUGUGCAGAGCAGUGCAGAUGAAGGAAGGACACAGACCAGCAAACAGCUACAACAUGGCUCUGAUGGACCUGCCCAGAGCUGUGAGGCAGAAGACCCAGACCAGCCAAAGCUUCCAGAGGUAG